AUAUUUAGACUCUCUAUGCCACUCAGCUAAAUAAAGUAAAAGUAAUAACAAACAGCAUACUCAUCAAAUCGUCUUUCUUUGUGCGUCACAAUAAAGAAACCUCUCUAGUGCUUACUGCCAUUUUCUAACAUUGACAGUGUGUGCUUAAUUCAUGUCGGAUCGAGAUGACGAGGAUGAUCGACUUAGCCUUAACUUUGGCGAAAAUCAAGAUGACGAGCCUGCGCUUAGCGACAUAGACCGAUCUGAAAAUAUAAACGAUGAAGAAGACGUUAAUGAAGAGAAUCAGGAACUUAUUCCAGAUGAGGUUGCCGCCAAUGUUAUUCUCUCCGGCAGCGCACAGGCUGCCAAGGGCACCGUUCCCCGUAAACCCGCGGACCGCGUUACAGCGCCAGUGCUUACUAAAUACGAGCGCGCCCGUAUACUCGGCACGCGCGCGCUGCAAAUCAGUAUGAACGCGCCAGUUCUUGUGAUGAUUGAGGGCGAGACAGAUCCCUUGACAAUUGCCCAGAAGGAACUGCGUGAGCGUGUAAUACCUCUCAUGAUUAGACGUAUUUUACCGGACAAUACUUAUGAAGACUGGGCGGUCUCAGAGCUGGAUGUGGACUUUGACCGUCCUGUGGAUGAACGUUAUACUAAUUUGUAGCCUAUUUGUCUGAAUGUCUUUGGUAGAGUGUGUUGAUAUGUCUGACCCGAAGGGAAACAGAUAAUGUUUUAAAUUACCUCCGAUAAUGCAGAGUUUAAAUUUAGCUCACAUUAUUUUACAUUACCUUAAUUUUCAAAGGUAAUAAAUGUUCUGAUUUUUGUUUCAUAACCGGGUAUCUAACCAAUUUUUUAAAAAAAUGUAAUCUUAAAAUAUUGUAAUUUUUCAUUUUCUACAAUUUUAUUUUAUUAGUUUAAACGUUCCUUUUCUGUCAUAGUGCACUUAGAAUCAGAAUCAUUAGUGGGAGUUAGAAAUCAUUGAACACGACUGUUUGCACACGAUUCUUCUCCAGUGUAUUGCACCGAAAGUACUAUUUGAUUUCGUCCGUCUCAUUGAAGGGAAAAAGUAAACUUGGUGAAGUUUUUCUUAUGUUCCCCUUGUCCUAGUAGUGGCUCGCUUGCAGAAUGCAUGAGUUUCUUCUGCAAUACCUUUUCAAUUUAUAUUUUUUAGAUGUCUUAUAUGGGAAAAAAAAGUAUAGGGCUGAAGGUGGAGGACCAUAUUUACAAAAGUACGUGAGUGGGUUCGUGCGCUAAUGUUGACGAACCAGUUGUACCAAAUUUAUAUUGAGUAUUUUUUUUUACCACAAAAAGGCACAAAUUCGUGCUAAGGUUUCAUUAAAAAAAAAUUAUUGUUAUUGUUUCAAUGUUUUUAGAUUCCCAUCCACUGUGCAUUUUUUCCAUGGACGGACGGCCCUUUGUGUACUGGUUUGCGAACCUUGAGUUCUUAUAUGUAAAGGGCCCAGGUAAGAUCUGUCAGCGUGAUAACAAAGCAGCCAUUGCAAAGAUUGAAGCUGGGCAAACAACAACAAAGACUUGUUCUCCUAUAGAAUGACAAAAGUGAUGAUUGUAUAGGUUGCAGAACCUUUUAUUAUGGGGUAUGAAAGAGAGGCAUUUAGUAGCCUAUUUUUGAAUACUCAUGAACGGGUUAGCGCAUGUGUAGUUUAGUGGUUUGUCACUUAUUGCAUGUUUUAGUGAAUUCCGCAUAACUAUUUGUGGCAAAUAGGGUACUUUAGAGAAGCACAAGAGGUGCGAACCAUCAAGUGUUCCAGCAGAGGAGGAUUUCUCAAUGAAGAGUAAUGAAAUAAACUGAUGAAUAUAGUUUAACUGAAUGCAAUCAUGCUUUCAAAGAGUUAA